ACGUGGCCAGUUUCCGCUGGCCAGUCAAAUCUCUCGAAUCGCGUAUUUUAAGGUCGUUUUAAGUGCAAAGUUCGCGAAUCACCUGGUUGGUGCGCACGUUCAGUGCACGCGAACUGCGUGCUGUCGUGGCCAUCAAGAUGAUGAGCGAUGGCUCUCAAACGUGACACGUGCAAUACCGGACAGCACCGUUCUUAGGAACUGACCUCGCACGCGAGUUUUUCGUUCGUUCGAGCGAGGAGAACGUGGAACGAUCACGAAAAACUCGACGACGCGAUCUGUAAAUUGCGCCAUGUCAUCCAGAAGAAGCAAAGGUGGCCUUUUGGCCAGAGUGAAUUUUCCUCUGUACACCUUGCAAAUGUUGACCAGCAGACACAUUCUCGUGGGCGGCGGUGGUGGUUCUUCAAAAACUGGAGUUGCCAACGGAUUUGAAAUUUUUGAAUUGUCACACAACGGAGUGCAGUUCAUUGCUGAAGAAGUAACCAGACACGAAACAGGUCCCAGCGUGGUUAUGAACUGUGCUUCACACAUUGGCAAAAAGAAGACGUGGAUAGUUGCUGGUCAGGAAAGCCAUUGUCAGCUGUACAGUGUAAAUCCCAAAGUGGUGACUCAGGAAAACGGAGAGGUGAUCAAAAAGCCAUUAUCAGAAACAGCGGUCAACGAUGGUCUUAGACAUCGAAGAAACAGUGAGAAAGUCGAGGAAACUCAGAAUGAGAGAAUAGAGGAAAUCAAAGACGACAAUUCCAACGUUAAGAGCAAGAAACUGCAGUUGAUUCUUCAGCCUACCGUCAGCAUACAAACAUGUUUCGGCGAAGAGCCUUUGCAAAGAGUUGUCAGAGUGAGUCUACACGGCAGGAUCAUGGCCACAGGUGGCACAGACUGCAGAGUCAAAUUAUGGAAGUUUCCAGAACUGUACAAAUUGCACGACAUCAAAGCGCACGAGAAAGAAAUAGACGAUCUAGACUUCAGUCCGGACGGCAAUCUGUUGGUGAGCAUAUCCAAGGACGGAAAGGCUUUUUUGUGGAAUGUGAACGACGGUACGAGGAAUAAAGAAUUGACUUGGACACCAUCUGACGGCAGUUCGAAGUACAUGUACAAGAGAUGUCGGUUCAGAAAACUGAUGGAAGACAAAACGAAGCUCGAUCUCUUUAUGCUGUCCAACGCCGUUGUGGCGAAGAAUCCGAGUUUCCUCCAACUGUGGGACGCUCAUUCCGGUGCUAUCACCAAAUCUGUUCCCUACAAAGAAACUCUAUCAGCUCUGGCUGUUUCCGACGACGGUAAAUUUGUGGCCAUCGGCACGAUGUUUUCUGGCACCGUCGACAUCUUCGUGGCGUUCAGUCUGAGAAAGGCGCUCCACGUACCCGGCGCGCACAGCAUGUUCGUGACGGGUCUGGAAUUUUUACCGACGGAGCUGGACGGUCCCACGAUUACGAGUAACACAGAGACCGCGGUUGUUAGUAUUUCCGUAGACAACAGGAUUUGUAUACACAGUAUACCAUACAGACAUACACUGCCAUUCUGGUUCGUCAUCGUGCUGAUAGUCGUGUGCAUAUGCGGUGCUUUCAUCGUCUGCAGCUAUCUCGGUAUAUGACCCAGGAGGUGCACGACCGGCAGGACGAUAAGACAGGAUGUCAUAUUUUCCUAUUAAAAAUUACUAGGAAGUAUAGUAGGAUUGAUAAAAUUGGUUCGCGCGUAAGAGAGUUUUCGCGCGUUAGAUCGAGAUAUUCAACGCACUUGAUGAAACGCUCAAGAAUCUAUACGUAGAUGAUUCGUAGAAGUAUCCACGUAAAAACACAGGUGCAAUUCCCUUCGUCGACAUAACUAUAAAAUUAGCUAAAGAACACAAAGUGCACCGCGUAAUACUGUGAAUAUGCACAGCGUUGUCGUGAAGAAACUUUUCGGAUCGUUAUUUAGCGGUUAAGAAGGCACAGUUGAUUGCUGCAAAACAAUAGUUAAACUCGUUGCUUUGUACACAGGCAGACUUCUUCAGGAAGAUUUCAGUGCGUUCGCGCCGUUUAGAUAUAGACAAAACGGAGGUGCUGCUGUGAUAUAUAAACAAACUGUGUCGCACCGAAGUGCUUCCCGAUAGAAUCGGCCGCAUUAUUAGCACACUAAUAAAUGUAUAUAUAUUUAGAAGAUGUCGAUAUCUCUUCGGCAUGUAGUUUUCUUCUCAGUUUUUUCUUCGUUCGUGCGCAGCGAAAAUUCAAACUUCACAUCGAGACAUUAAUUCUCGAUAUGAAUUUACGUUUUAUCGAGUUUUAGCGCAAAAAAAAGAAAGGAAUAUUUACUAGAGCGUUUGACCCUUUUUUUUUCUUUUUUUUGUACAGCUUAUGCUUAAGUAGUUUCGCUUAACGGUGAUUCGAGAAUUCGAACGUUUCUCGUACUUAACGGUGAAUAACGACGGAUCUUUUUGUAUCACGGAUGAGAAGUCCCACAAAAUGUUGCAUUUAUUAUAUAUCGCAGAUUUCUAUGUUUUUUCUUGUUUAUACACAUGUUUUUAAACGUACUUUUUUUUUAAAGUAAAAAAUACGUUUUUUAUUCACAUUCAAUUUUUCAUCAAAAUUUUUUCGGUUUUUCGUUGUCGUCUCUCGUCUCACAAUGGAACAACAAUGAAAAAACGAAAUUUCGAUUCCGUAAAGGUGAGCCAGUAGCUCUAGACCUUGAGGUCUAGAUUUGAGUUCUAGCGGAAAGUUACUUCAAAGAACCACGUAAUUCGUUCUAUUACGAAUUCUGAAGUUCAAAAUUUUUUUUAGGUGCAAUUGUUGUAGAUCUGCGUAUUCUGCAAAAAGAUAUUGAGCUUUUAUACAUGUAUGUAUAAUAUUUAUCUAAAUAUUUUUCUUAAAAAAUUUUAAACUUAUUUUACCAAAUAUUUACUCGAAUCUAGAAUGUUUAUUUUGUUUUAAUAUAUAUGUAUACAUAUAUGAUUGUUUGUUUUUUUGUCUGACGAUUGAAAUUUAAUUAAAUGCGCGCGCGACUUUUCGUGCGAAAAUCGAAUUUGUAAAAGUAUCGACCGUAUUAGUGGUAAUGAAUUACGUAAUAAUGUUACGUAAUAAUAUAAUUACAAUGUCUUAUAUUCUUUUGUACACUCAUUCUUCUCUUAAAAAUAUUUCUCUUAUUGUUUGUGUAUAUGUGUGUGUGUGUGUGUGUGACUAGAUGAUGUGACUCGUUGAAACAAUUAAAUCGAUUGUCGACCGAUGCUCUCGAAAUACACGUGCUGGAACGUUUCUUGUGUCGCGAACGAUGAUCAACAUGAGAAUUACAAACCGGACGGAAUGUCGUUCGAAAUCGAAAGGAACCCCUCGGGUCAGAACUGACAUUUCGUGACCCCGCUCCGCCAGUUUGGCUACUUACCUCGUAGCUUUCAAACGCGAUGAGAACGAGGCGCAAUUGAAACGAGAAAAAAAAAAGAAAGUUCGGAAUUUUAAUAUUCGACGAAGAAAAUCGGCCAGAAGAAGAGUCGACGACACGCACGCGCCAAGAAUGGAAUACAUUUGUUUGAACUGUUAAUGGACGCGCACAAAAAAUCCUUCUACGGUUUGUUUAUUAGCAUAGAAUAAUGUAUAAUCAAAUAAGGAGGCAAAAUUGGAAAAAAAGUUCAGUAAAAAAAAAUUAUAAGAGAAAGAAAAACACAAGACAGAGGUAGAAACA